CUGCUCGUCCAGCGCCAGCGAAUGGCGAGCUCGCUCGGCUCCCUCCCUGCCUGUCUGCCCAGGAGUCCCACGCCGGAGCCGCCACGGGGACCCUCGAGCUCCUCCGCGCCGCUCCGCGUCACGGUCGGCAAGUGGCGGCGCGAGGGCGGCGUCGUGGCGUACGAGGUGAGCGUGGCAGUCGGCGAGGAGCAGUGGACGGUUUGGAAGCGAUUCUCCGACUUCCGUUCGCUGCACAGCCUCUGCGCGCACACGCUGCGCCUCCCGCCGUUUGCACUCCCGCGGCUGCUGCUCCAGUGAGCUGCACGCGGCUGCGCCUCGUCCUCGCCGACGAGGAGAGACGGAGGCCGAGGAGAUGGGGGAGCUCGGCGCGGCGCCCUUCGAGGAGAGGGAGGAGCGGGCCGCCAUCGUGCUGCACCAGCUCUACUCCGCCCUCGGCAGGGCGGGAGAGCCGACUGACCAGCCGAGUGGAGACGCGUCCCCUCCUCCCUCCUCCGCCGGCGCGGCCUCCUCCGCCGCGACGAGCGACGCGGGCGACGCGGCGGACGGCGGCGGAGGCCUGCCCGCGCCGCCGCGCCGGAUGCGCAGGAAGAGCUCCUGGGUCGUCCGCGAGAAGGGGACGACCUUCCAGACCCACGCGCGCCAGCGGCCCGUCACGCCGCCGCCCAAGCGGAGGGCGGCGCCGCAGGAGGCUGCAGCGCCCUCCAGCGUGCCGCUCCGCCGCGCUGCAGACUCGCCCUCGGCCGCCCCUCCGCCCCCGUCCGCCCCGGCCGCCGCCCGGCCGCCGCGCCGCGUGACGAUGGCGGAGAGCGCGACGGCGGGCCGGCCGGUGGACCGGAAGCAAGUGCGCGAGCUGGCGGCGGUGCUCAGCCGCCGCGCGACCAGCGGCAACCUCGCGGCCGCGCCGCCUCCGCGGCCGCGCGUCGCUGCGGGCCGGCAAGCCGAGGUCAACAAGGAGCUGCGGGCGAUGCCGUCGGCGCUGCGGCAGCGGCAGCUCGCCGCCACGCAGCGGCUGCUCGCUUUCACGUGCCGCAUCCUGCCAAAGGUGCAGCUCAAGGCGGUCGAGGUCUGCUACGACCACCUCGGCCUGGCGAUGGCGAUCCCGAUCGACGUCUCCUUCGCGGAGCUGGCGCUCAUCUGGCUGCUGCUCGCCUUCCCGAACGCGCCGCGGAGGGGAGGGCUCGCGCGGCCGCUCCGCCAGGCGGGCCGGGCCUGACCGGCUUGGCGGCCCCGCGGGAGGCAGCCUUCCUUGUCGGUAGAUGUAUACACGUCUCGCCGCACGUGCAGUGUGUGUUCUGAGGCUGUUUGGGUGUACACGCAUGGUGGUCUGAUUCGACAGUGCUCGCUUUUCAAAGCAGCGGCGAGAGUGAAAGAGAGAGUGAGAGCGAGUUAUGACUUUAUUCUCUGCGAAACUAGGACCUC